AUGGCAAACGCCGCGAGACUCAAAGACGCCAUAGAACGACUAAACCAGAAGCGGACGGCUCUGAAGUCUCAAGUAACGAGACUGAUUUCCGACAUCAACGCAGCUAUCGCAAGCCAGUCCGACGAGCGAAGCCUCAACGUAUUAUCGGUGAGGCUCAGUGAGUUGCGAAUACAGCUGAGCAACGUGAACGCAUCCAUCGAACCACUGGUACCUGACAGAGACGUUGAGCAAAACUACGCCCGCACGAUUGAAUAUGACAACAAGAUCGUCACGUACAUCGCCACCAUCGCACAGGAGGUAGAGGAACUCCGACGAGCGAGGCCCCAAGCCGGUUCAACGCGAAUUCACAAGGACGGCGACGGACACGUGGCAUCCUCUAAGGUGAAGCUGCCGAAACUGGAGCUUCAGCGGUUUGGCGGUGCAGCUACCGAUUGGCAACCCUUCUGGGAACAGUACAAGCAAGCCAUACAUGACAACGACAGCCUUUCUAACGCUGAGAAGUUCUUGUACCUGCGGUCGGCGCUUACGGGAAAGGCAGCAUCGGCAAUAGCCGGCAUUCAAGCAACGGGAGAAAACUACGAUACCGUCGUUGAGCUUCUCAGGGAGCGCUUCGGUCGGACUGACGUUCUCAUUCAAGAACACCUCUCCCAACUACUUGAUUUGCCAGCAGUACGACACUCGAGCGAGAUGAGCGGAUUGCGACGCCUCUAUGACCACUUGCAACGUAAUAUGGCCGCUCUCACCGCUUUAGGGGUGAAGAGCGACACUUACGGAGCUAUGCUCUGCUCUGCGCUACUGAGAAUGCUGCCAGGAGAGUUAGUCAUUGAUUACCACAAGUGUCGACGUCGUACGGACAAGGAAAACGACGGUAUCAAAAUAGAGAGCCUACAACGCUUCCUUAAGCUCGGAGUGGAGAGCCGUGAAGAGGCUCAACAAGUUCGUCAGCGAAAAGCCAAGAGUAUGAGCCACACCAAGAUAUCAGAAGGCGGAAAGGCUUCUCUCAAGGGAUCAGCCGCUGCUCUUUCCUCAACUAGUCGCUCCAAGCAGACUGAACCGCGCGCAUUCUGUGCCACGAAGAACCACGCUACCCGAGGUUGUCAAACAUCAAUUUCUCUGGAGGAGAAGAAGCAAAGAUUUCGAGAAGCAGGACGAUGUUUGCGGUGUUCGAUCAAGGGACACACCUCCAAAGAAUGUCGCAACAAAAGCAUCAUGUGUGAAACAUGCGGGCGAAGGCACAUAACUGAAAUGUGUGACCCAUCCUGGAAAAAAAGUAAGAACACCGCAGUAGAGUUACACUCUUCGACUGGCAGGAAGAGCGAUAAAACACCUGCUGUACUACUUCAAAUAGCUCAGGUCUGGGCAGAAGAAAAACAGCAAAGAGCUCUCACGCGCAUCCUUUUUGAUGGAGGAAGCCAAUGA